CUAGCAGUUGGAGUUAAGUGAAAAAUUCCUCUCUCAGUUCCCUGUGUGUUUUGUUCAGGCCCAGGACAGGAUCCAGAUACUUCAUCAAAUCUUGCGUCACAUCAACAAGAUCUACAGCAUGAAUUUGGGGUCAGUCACUUGGGCCCGGAGCAAGGUGGAAAAUGUCCGGCUUCUCCUGGAACGGCAGCUCAGGGAGCUGGAGGAAUGUGUGAUGAGGUCAGGAACAGAGGGCAGACGGAGCAGAAAUGCCACCAUUCAGAAAUACUUCAGGAAACUACGAAAGUUCCUCAAACAGAAGAAUUUUAGUCACUGUUCCUGGGAAAUAAUCCGCGCCGAGACUAGAGCCCGUUUACAACAGUUGUUUGUCAUAAUGGCGCAAGUCAGCAGAGGAAAUUAAAAGAAAGUCCAAAGGCUGGAACAAUGUGUUUGACAUAACUCGCUACAUGUGGAAUUAAUGAUAUCUUGACUGUUUUGUGAUGAUCAUUUGCUGCAUGUUUACUGAUGGAGAGCAAAUACUAUUUUUUACUUGAUUUUUUUGAACCAAAUUUAUGGCUGAGGUAUUUUCCUGUAUUAACCAUUUCACGAGGGGAAUAUCAUUUUUGAUGCGUUCUUUAUUGACUGACAGCCUCUACAGUUCAAAGUCUCAACUGAGCUUUGCUCUUUUGGCUAAUCAAUCUUUAAACCAUGCUGAUAUGAUACUGUUCACCCCAUCUGUUCUUAGGUGGGGGAGCAUUUUUGAUGCGGCGGUGUUAUCAAAUGCCUUUUGGAAAUCCAAUUGCACUGCAUCUACCUGUUUCCCUUUAUCCACUUCCAGAAUCCACCUUUGGAACUGACCUAACCAGCUGACUCCACGCGUGCUCUCCAUCUUAACUGAACAGUGUUAAAUUGAUUGGUCGGAUAUUGUCGUGCAAUAAGCCUUACAAUUUUUAUACGAGAUGUAAAAUCAAAAAGGAGAAAACGACCUGAAGAUUUUUCUUUGACAUAUUACUCUCUUUUUCUUUGAGGAAUUAUUUUACGUAAUUGUAAAGAAUUAUUAAUUCUACAAUGAUGAUCGAGCGAUGACACGCUAAUUGAGAAUAUUCUGGGUUCAAACCCUACCUCAAAGGUAACUUGUUACUUUCCAUUGAGCUUUUUGAAGCUCCUCAUUCCAGUUGCUGAAUUGUCAGUAACAAUUCUGCGAUGAUA